GGUGAAGGGCAAUCAACCACAAGGCCACCUCUUUUUGAUGGAACCAAUUAUAAAUAUUGGAAAAAACGAAUGGGAAUCUAUAUUCGUUCCACAAACUUCCAAUUAUGGUUGGUUAUCAAAAACGGGGAAGAGGUGCCGAUGAAGAAAGUCGGAGACAAGUUGAUCCCUAAGACCGAAGAUGAAUUUGAUGUCGAGGACAUCAAAAAGGUCGAAAAUUAUGCAAAGGCAAUAAACAUGCUUUAUUGUGCCGUAAACCCUGAUGACUACCGCAAAAUCUCCUGCUGCUCAACCGCUAAGGAGAUAUGGGAUAAACUUGAGGUGACGUACGAAGGAAUAGACCAAGUAUGUGAAGCCAAGAUCGACUUCCUAACCCAAGAAUAUGAGAUGUUUAGGAUGAAGGAGCACGAGAAGAUCGACGACAUGUUCGACCGAUUUUCCAAGAUAGUCAACGAUCUUCAUGCAUUGAAGAAGACUUACACCGACAAGGAUCUUAGAAAAGGCAUAGCAUUAAAAGCCUCCAAAGAACUGACAAUGAAUGACUCAAGCGACGAAGAUGAAGUCAAGCUUAUCAUGAAGAAGUUUUGCCACCUUCUAAGGAAGAAUGAGAAGGUUGAGGAUGGCCCUAUGUGCUAUGGAUGUGGUGAAGCCGGGCACAUAAAAAAUAAAUGCCCGAGAAGCGGAAGGAAUGCUCGUCACUUCAAAAGGCAAAGGGCAUACAUCUCCUGGGGUGGCGACUCCGGCGACGAGUCAACCGACCAAGACGAGGAUGAAGCUGCCAAUCUUUGUCUUAUGGCACACGAGGAAGACUCACUGGUGGUCCCAAAGUGGUGAGAUACAAAGUCUAGAGGGGGGGUGAAUAGACUUUGUUACAAAUUAAAAACUUUUUCGUUUCUUUUUGAAAACGUGAAAAUAAGUGUUUAAUCUAGAGUUCUUGUCAACCUUAGAUUGUGUGCGGAAGUUGGUGGUUUAGUUGAGCAGUAAUCAAUAUGGAUGGGUUAG